AUGUGGGCCAUUGUCAGUCGGCUAUCAAUUCUCAAGGCUGGAGGAGCGUACAUUUCGAUUGACGCACAAUACCCGCCAGCAUACCUUGAUUCUGUGAUUCAGCGUUCCAAAGCCUCCAUAAUGCUGACGACUUCCGUAUUUUCCGCCAAAUUCAAGCAUUCAGUUAAGAAUAUAGUGGAGGUGGACUCUGAAUCGGUGGAGCCGCUACGCUUGUGGCAGCCCCAAGCAUGUCAGGCAGUCCAACCUGACAAUGCUUGCCUCGUUUUAUUCACAUCUGGAAGUACUGGUAAACCUAAAGGCAUCAUCCAGGAGCAUCGUUCUUAUGCCACCGCAAUCUGCGACUACGUUCGACUUCUCGAAAUGGGUCCCAACAGCCGAGUAUUCCAGUUUGAUGAUUAUGCAUGUGAUAUCAGCAACAAUGAUUAUAUGACUGCCCUGGUUGCUGGCGGAUGCUGUUGUGUGCCUACGCCUGAGCCGACCAUUGCUGCUUUGAAAGAGAACAUCAAUGUUUUGAAUGCUAACAUAACUUUCCUAACUCCAACUAUCGCCAUCCAGCUGCAGCCAGAGGAUGUCCCCAAUCUUAAGGUUCUCUGCAUCGGCGGAGAAUCACCGUCCAAUGACCUCUUGGAGAAGUGGUGCAAGCACGUUAAACUUGUGAAUCAGUACGGAAUGGGAGAGGCUGCAACAUUCUGUGCCUACAAUGACAACGUGCAGCGUGAUAGUGGAUCCGUUAUUGGACGGCCAGGGAGCGGGGCGAUCUGGGUGGUUAAUACUGCGUCUCUCGAGCACCUCAUGCCGGUUGGUGCCGUUGGUGAGAUUCUGAUCGAGGGCCCUCAUCUGGCCCGAGGAUACCUCGACAGUCAAUGCGACAAGACCGAUGUGGGAUUUCUCAAAACAACACCUAAAUGGCUGGCAGAUCUGCACCCCCAGAGGGCGACAGCUCGUGUUUACCGGUCAGGAGAUCUGGGGAGAUACCGCCAUGACGGGACAGUGGAGCAUAUGGGUCGUAAAGAUACUCUACUUAAACUGAACGGCUAUCGAGUGGAGGCAGUCGAAGUGGAGUAUUUUCUGAGGACCUGUUUGUCAACCAACGAUGCGGCUGUCGUAAAUUUGCUCGGCAUUCUUGAUGGUGAGGAGGAACCAGUCUUGACUGCGUUUUUGUAUUUGCCAGAGUGUCGCAUGGACGUAACCAGCAAUGUAUUGGAAGGCAUUAGCUUUCAGCAAGUCACCAAGACCCAUAUUAUGAGACCUCUGGUGGAGAGAAUGACAAACACCAUCCGAGACCAUUUGCCAGCGCACAUGGUUCCAUCCUUGUUUUUGCUAGUCGACACAAUACCUCGCACCAAGUCGAAUAAGACAGACCGACGAAGGUUACAACUAUAUGCACAAGAGUGGUAUAUGACAAACAGAGCUGUUAUUAGUGCCAGCUUGUUUGGGAACGUCAAAGCAUGA